CUUCAUCAAUUAGAUUAUUAUUUUCGAAUUAAAGACCAAAAAAUUCUUCUACUGCUUGAUAAUACUGCCUCUCACUUUGAUUCAAAUGAAGAAUAUACUGAUCAAGAUAAAGCCAGUUCUGCUUCUGAAAAUGUAUAUAUUGAAUUAAGUAAUAGUAUUGGCUCAUCUUCUAAGAAAAAAACAGGAAUUCUACCUGCUGUUGAAAAUGAAAAAAUCAUUAAUGCAACUGAAUUUCAAGACGAAACAAAUUUAUUUGAAAAUAAUGAACUUGAUACUCUUUUAGAUGAGUUUUCUAAUGAGGAUGAUUAUUCUACUGCUCUUACUUCUGCA